CCGGGCGAGUACGGGAAGCGAGGGCGCCUAAUUAGCAUACAGCUGCCAGCUAGCAGCCAUCUCUCCAGCCUGUUGUCAUCCUGCUUUUCCCUUUUUUUGCCUCUCGGCUGACUUCACUUUAAUUGCUACUUUUGAAGGCAAAAGACAAUGGCAGACAAGGUGCUGGUCACAGGUGGAGGAGGCUACAUCGGGAGCCACUGUGUUCUGGAACUGAUUGAAGCAGGCUACACGCCCGUUGUGGUUGAUAAUUUCAGCAAUGCUGUUCGAGGAGAAGGGGAUGUGCCAGAGAGUAUACGUAGGAUAGAGAAGCUUCUGGACACCAGGAUUGAGUUUCAUGAACUUGAUCUUCUGGACAAGGCUGGCUUGAAUGCACUUUUCAAAAAGCAUUCUUUCAGUGCCGUGAUGCACUUUGCUGGCCUUAAGGCUGUUGGAGAGUCUGUGCAGCAGCCAUUGCACUACUACAGGGUCAACCUCACUGCCUCCAUGAACCUGCUAGAGGUGAUGCAGGCUCACAGGGUGCACAAUCUGGUUUUCAGCAGCUCGGCCACAGUGUACGGAGACCCCCAGCGUCUGCCCAUCGACGAGCAGCACCCCGUAGGCGGCUGCACUAAUCCUUAUGGCAAGACCAAGUACUUUAUCGAGGAGAUGAUCAAGGACCACUGUAAGGCCGAGAAGGACUGGAAUGCAGUGUUGCUGCGAUAUUUUAACCCCAUUGGUGCCCAUUCUUCUGGCCUCAUCGGAGAGGAUCCUCAGGGUAUCCCCAACAACCUACUGCCAUACGUCGCCCAGGUUGCUGUCGGGAGAAGAAAGUUCCUCAGUGUAUUUGGGAACGACUAUGACACACUAGACGGGACAGGUGUGAGAGAUUAUAUUCAUGUAGUGGAUUUAGCAAAGGGACACAUUGCAGCACUGAAGAAGCUGAAGGACAGCUGCGGAUGCAAGGUUUAUAACCUCGGAACAGGAAUAGGCUACUCGGUCCUCCAGAUGGUAGAUGCUGUGAAGAAGGCCUCAGGGAAGGAAGUUCUUUACAAGAUCGCACCUCGUAGAGAAGGAGACGUAGCAUCGUGCUACGCUGACCCUCGCCUGGCUGAGAAGGAGCUUGCCUGGAAGGCUGACUUUGAACUGGAGAGAAUGUGUGAAGAUCUGUGGCGCUGGCAGUCGAUGAACCCUACCGGAUUUUCCAAAACGGCAGCGUCUGGUUGCUAAGGCCAAAACCCACAAUCAGUUUGUACAGUAUCAUGUAAAAAAGCAUUAAGGGAAAUAAAAUGCUUUAUAUUUUA